CCAUUAUCUCUAUUCCUAGUUCCAAGUAUGCAGCGGCAGUAUGAUACCAACCCCCAUUUUCUUUCCCCACUUGACCAUGAAACCCCACACCCACCACGGGGACCACCGGUCUACAUUCAACCCCGGUCGAGGGUUCCGAGGCAACACCAAAUGCAUCAGCCUCAGGGUGCUCCUGAAUAUUGGGGUCAGGGUCAGGUUCCUGAGUCGCCACAUAAGGCUCCGGUUCCUGAGUCGCCGCUACCUUUUCUUCCUCAACAUCACCAUCAGGAAGAUAGGCGGCACAAUUAUGGCUACCCUCUGGAAGAACAACGGUCCAAGAGGAAGCUCCCUCUGCCACCCAGUUAUGGUUCUCACGUCCCGGGGUCUCCUCCACCUCGUUGGGGUGGUGCCUCGGGCCAUCCUUACCAGCAUUCAACAGGGGGACGUAGAACCACGCCAUUUGCAUGCUUUGCCUGUUCCUUGCUGAUUGUUGUAGGCCUGGUAAUCCUUAUAAUUUACCUAGUCUACCGGUCGCGAAACCCAGUGUUUGAUAUAUCAAAUGCCAAUCUGAAUGCCAUCUAUCUUGACAUGGGGUAUCUCCUCACUGCUGAUCUUACUCUACUUGCAAACUUCACUAACCCGAACGAUAAAGGGAGUGUAGAUUUCAAGUCCGUAACGUUGAAUCUUUAUCAUGAUGGAACACCCAUAGCAUCCAGCAAUAUUGAUCCUUUCCCUCUCAUGAAUGGUGAGUACAGGUUUGAAGAUGUUCAUCUAGUCACAAAUCAGGUUGCGUUUUCAUCGAAUCAAAGCCACCUGCUAAGCAAGCAAAUGGAGAGCGGAAAUGUGUGGUUUCAGGUGAAGGGUGUAUUUAGAACAAGGUCUAAUGGUCUUUUCAAGUAUUCGUAUUGGCUCUAUGGCUAUUGCACCAUUGUUCUUACUUAUCCUCCCCCAGGUGUCUUGGUUGCCAAAAAAUGCACAACAAAGCAUUAAACAAACACAAAUUUCAUAUUUCCAUGCAUGAAUGCUUAAUUUUGUAUUUCAUAUUAGGUUGGGGUGGGGGUGGGGGGUUUACUCCAAUCAUAUUUGUACAAGCUUCUAUAGGUGUUGCAUUGUUUAACUUACUGUCCCUUCUCUGAAUUAUUGAAUUGUUAUAAAAUGGAGCAGGGUCCACCUAGUUCACUCAUAGAAGCUUGCAACAUCUUGCAAGGUGGACCCUGAACCGAAACUGUGUAUUUUUAGUA